GUUUUGUUGUGCAUAGAAACAAAUUUGGAAAAUGGGUCGCGAAUCCAAAAAUAAGUUUCGAUCGCGCAAACGCGUCAAUAGAUAUCGUGCUUAUGCUCCAGCUCGUUCUCGUUCCCGUUCCCGUUCCCGUUCCCGAUCCGGAUCGCCUGCCCGUUCGCAAUCCAAAUACCGUUCGUCAUAUUACCGAUGCGAGGCAGGUGAAUCGGGCCGCAUAAUAACGUGGCAGGCGAACACGUCACGGAAAUGCCGUCGCACCAGCAGCGCCUGGGAUGUGCCACCGGUGGGCUAUGAGCAUCUAUCGCCCGUCCAAUACAAGUCGAUGCAGGCCAGCGGACAGAUUGCCCUGAGGAUUGUGCCAAAUGCGUUGCCCACCGGCGAGUCGGCAUCGAUAGCGACUGUGACGCGGCAGGCACGUCGCUUGUAUGUUGGCAACAUACCCUUCAAUACCACCGAUGAUGAGAUGAGGGCCUUCUUCAAUGUGCAGAUCCAGCGCAUGUGUGGCGCACUGGAGAACGAUGGCAAAGCUGUGCUCACCUGCCAGACGAAUCUGGAGAAGAAUUUCGCAUUUCUCGAGCUGCGCUCGAUGGAUGAGACAACGUUGGCCAUCUCAUUUGAUGGCAUCAAUUAUCGCGGCCAAUCGCUGAAGAUACGGCGUCCACAUGACUAUCAUGCUGGGGGCACGACUGGGAGCUUUGUGGGUGCCACUGGGUAUGUGUCUGGUGCAGUGGUGCAGUCGAAUGCGGCCAUUGCCACUGUGGUGCCAGAUACACCGCAUAAGAUAUAUAUUGGUGGCUUGCCCACCUGCCUCAACGAUGAUCAGGUCAAGGAGCUGCUGAUGACCUUUGGCCAUCUGCGCGGCUUCAACAUGGUCAAGGAUGAGCUGGGUCACGGCAAGGGUUAUGCCUUCUGCGAGUACAUGGAUGCCUCGAUAACGGAACAGGCCAUCGCCGGCCUCAACGGCAUGCAACUGGGCGAACGCAAGUUGAUCGUGCAACGUUCUCUGGCCGGUGUACGAAACCUGGUUACCCAUCAGUUGCCCGUGUUGCAAGUGCCCGGAUUUCCCGCUGACGUCAAAGUGGGCAAGGCAACCGAGGUGCUCUGUUUGCUCAACAUGGUCAUGCCCGACGAGCUGUUGGACGAUGCCGAGUACGAGGAUAUACGCAAGGACAUCAAGGAGGAGUGCGCCAAAUUUGGCAAGGUCAUCAGCAUCAAGAUACCGCGACCCUUUGGCGAGUCGCCACAGCCCGGCUGCGGCAAGGUCUAUGUUCGCUUCGAGACCACCGAUGUCUGCAAAAAGGCCCUGAAAGCAUUGAGUGGCAGACGCUUCAGCGGACGCAUCGUGAUGACAUCCUUCUACGAUCCAAACAAAUUCAAACGCAAGGAUUUUCAAUAAACAUAAAAACCCACAAAUAUUAUCAAUAACAAUAAUCAAAUAAAGAGCUAUUUAAUUGUCGACUCUUCAAGUGACAAAGAAGGAAGCAAAUCCAACUGAAAAA